GACACGGCCCCUUGCUCCUGAAAGGGAGGAGCAAUGCCCUAAAACACAGGUGUAACACAAACGUCAUGUUGCUAGCCAGGCAGACAUCGUUUCUAUGUGAAGAAAGCCUACAGACCAUUUGAACAAUAAGAAAAGACGUCAUGCAGCCCUCUAACGUCUGUUGGUCCUUGACGAUAUGGAUGGUCCAGCUGGCCUUGAUUGUUCUCACUGUUCAAGCUCAAAACUGUACCAAACCCAUAGGAGGGCCAAACAUGGUUUUGUCAGAUGCCUUCAUCACGCAAGAGACAUUUGUAGAUGGCGCAAAAGUCACUUUUCAGUGUGCAAUUGGAUAUGCCAGUACAGGACGGUCUCCGCCAGUCACCUGUACUGCUGGCGUGUGGAGUGAAGUGAAACUGAAAUGCGAAAGGAAGUCGUGUGGCAGCCCAGGAGAAGUGACGAACGGCCAGUUUAAUACCGCUGAGGGGGUCUUGUUUGGAGACCAGGUAGUUGCUACCUGUAAUACUGGCUAUGUGCUUGUGGGCAGCGGUGUAAGGACCUGUAUGGAUGGAGGCUGGGAUGGCAGAGUUCCUGUAUGUGAAGUGGUGAAGUGUGGAAAGCCCCCAAACAUUGUCAACGGUGGGCCUGUUGUCUCACCUGAUGAUACGUAUGACUAUGGAAGUGUCGUGCCAUAUGACUGUGAGAAGGAUUACACUCUGGUUGGAGCUAAAUCCAUAACCUGCAGUGAGAAUGGAGAAUUCCAGCCAGCUCCACCUGAGUGUAAAAUGGUGUCAUGUCCUAAUCCUGUUGUUGAGAAUGGUGUUCGGAUUGACGGCCGUCCCCCCUAUACGUACAUGUCCUUUGUGAAGUAUAUGUGUAAUGCUGGAUAUGAGAUGGAGGGACAAGCCAGUCUGACCUGUGAAAUAGAAGGCUGGUCAGCUCCUUACCCAACAUGCAAAGCUAAAAACUGUACCAAACCUAUAGGAGGGCCAAACAUGGUUUUGUCAGAUGCCUUCAUCACGCAAGAGACAUUUGUAGAUGGCGCAAAUGUCACUUUUCAGUGUGCAAUUGGAUAUGCCAGUACAGGAUGGUCUCCGUCAGUCAUCUGUACUGCUGGCGUGUGGAGUGAAGUGAAACUGAAAUGCGAAAGGAAGUCGUGUGGCAGCCCAGGAGAAGUGACGAACGGCCAGUUUAAUAUCUCUGAGGGGGUCUUGUUUGGAGACCAGGUAGUUGCUACCUGUAAUACUGGCUAUGUGCUUGUGGGCAGCGGUGUAAGGACCUGUAUGGAUGGAGGCUGGGAUGGCAGAGUUCCUGUAUGUGAAGUGGUGAAGUGUGGAAAGCCCCCAAACAUUGUCAACGGUGGGCCUGUUGUCUCACCUGAUGAUACGUAUAACUAUGGAAGUGUCGUGCCAUAUGACUGUGAGAAGAAUUACACUCUGGUUGGAGCUAAAUCCAUAACCUGCAGUGAGAAUGGAGAAUUCCAGCCAGCUCCACCUGAGUGUAAAAUGGUGUCAUGUCCUAAUCCUGUUGUUGAGAAUGGUGUUCGGAUUGACGGCCGUCCCCCCUAUACGUACAUGUCCUUUGUGAAGUAUAUGUGUAAUGCUGGAUAUGAGAUGGAGGGACAAGCCAGUCUGACCUGUGAAAUAGAAGGCUGGUCAGCUCCUUACCCAACAUGCAAAGCUAAAAACUGUACCAAACCUAUAGGAGGGCCAAACAUGGUUUUGUCAGAUGCCUUCAUCACGCAAGAGACAUUUGUAGAUGGCGCAAAAGUCACUUUUCAGUGUGCAAUUGGAUAUGCCAGUACAGGACGGUCUCCGCCAGUCACCUGUACUGCUGGCGUGUGGAGUGAAGUGAAACUGAAAUGCGAACGGAAGUCGUGUGGCAGCCCAGGAGAAGUGACGAACGGCCAGUUUAAUACCGCUGAGGGGGUCUUGUUUGGAGACCAGGUAGUUGCUACCUGUAAUACUGGCUAUGUGCUUGUGGGCAGCGGUGUAAGGACCUGUAUGGAUGGAGGCUGGGAUGGCAGAGUUCCUGUAUGUGACGUGGUGAAGUGUGGAAAGCCCCCAAACAUUGUCAACGGUGGGCCUGUUGUCUCACCUGAUGAUACGUAUGACUAUGGAAGUGUCGUGCAAUAUGACUGUAAGAAGGAUUACACUCUGGUUGGAGCUAAAUCCAUAACCUGCCGUGAGAAUGGAGAAUUCCAGCCAGCUCCACCUGAGUGUAAAAUGGUGUCAUGUCCUAAUCCUGUUGUUGAGAAUGGUGUUCGGAUUGACGGCCGUCCCCCCUAUACGUACAUGUCCUUUGUGACGUAUAGGUGUAAUGCUGGAUAUGACCUGGAGGGACAAGCCAGUCUGACCUGUGAAAUAGAAGGCUGGUCAGCUCCUUACCCAACAUGCAAAGCCCUUCUGACUACCACAAAUCCCCCUACUACAAAGAAAACUACAAUCCAAGAUCGUGUACCCCGUCCCACUGAUCUAACCCCAAAGGCCAACGACAACACUGGGCUAAUAGCAGGCUGUGUUGUAGGUGGACUUGCCAUUGUUUGUGGUGCAGUAUUUGCAGUCUACAAAGUUAAACGAAGCUCUCGAGGUGGCUACUCAUCAAAUGUGGCCACUAAAAAGUCUGAAGACAAUGAGUUGUAGCAUCCUCUGUCAUGUGCCAAGUAGCCUAAUUUGCGUUAGUCUUCUCCUGCUUCAUUGAGAAAGGAGUCACAGGAGUCGCUGCUGUGACGGUGCCUCUGAAUCAUCUACUACCCUCCCGCUUAUGAACGCAGCAGCCCUUCCCAAUUACCGGGAAUGGUUCAUAUCCUUUCAAAGGAAGCUUUAUUACGUGAUGAUUAGGAACCUCAUGACGAAUGUAUUGGUUCUCUCCCAUUUGGAAGCUUGUGCAUAAGGAGUGGCCUUAAUAAGUUAACUAUUCAUGUUUCCAGUGUACUUCACAUAUCACUUUCUUAAUCUAAACCUGCCUCAUCUUAUUGCCUACAUUCUGAUGUUAAAAGUCCCACAUGUAUGGAAGCUGCUCUUUAGAGCGACCAUGCAUCACAAAGCCACUUUUACCCCCUCUGAAAUAAGAUUUAAGGAAAUCAUAUCCUUUGCAAUAAAAAAAACUCACAAUAUAUCAUGCAGUUUGACACCAAUGUCUUGAUAAAGUCAUACCACCAAAAGGUAAACACUGGUUUCAUAGACUAGGUUGCAGAUGUGUUGAAUGUAACCUGGAGUUCAUUAACAAAAUCGGGUUCGGAGAAUCAAUGGGCGCUCACUAACUUUACACAAUUAAAGACCAAGGCCAAUGAUUAGAGCUAAAUGUCAGGUUCAUUUAAAAAGGUUGGUUUUAUAAAGAGACCAUGGAAUUGAUGUAGUAUACUUAUUUUGUAAGUGUGCUAGUUCUUUGAGGGAUCAAGGACUCAUGAUCCAGCUUUGGAAUCUUUAUUUGCACUUAUAGCCUAUUUGUAUUGUCUUGGAGUUAUAUUGUAGAUACGAUAAUGAAAGAUUUAUUUAAAAGAAUGUAAAUGCAUCUUGUUUUAAUGAAGUUAAAUGGGGAAAAUACAUGCUUACAAUGUUAUGUCUAUUUUCAGAGAUGAGUCAUGUUUCUGUGACACAUUUUCCCUCAACUGUUCUGGAUUUGUGUGUAAUUGGCUCACAUUGCAUGUGUAAGAAUAACUGGGAACUGAUUUAAGCAGAUUGCGCAAAAUGUAUUGGAGAUCUGCUAUUCAACCACUUGUAAUAUAACAUCCACCAUACCCAACAGUUGAAUUACUGCCUUGAGUAAAUGUACAUAGUCUUGCACUGUGGUUAAUGUCACUAUCUGGAUCAUGGUGUUCUAUAGGAAAGAAACCUGCAGCUCUCUGUAAUAUCAGGCUCAGCUUAGUGCAUUUUGAACGUUCAAUGUGCUCUGGAUUCUUCACUAUGCCUUGUAAUGAAGAAUAUUUUGGAGUUUGAUGUCUAUUGUAUAGCCUACAGUGACUUUGCUUUAUUCUGUACCCUACUAAGCAGCGUGGUGUUCAACAUAUCCAAACAAGACAACCCCACUUGCCAUGUUUUCAAAAUGGAAUGAAAAUACAUGUUCCAGAAUGUCGUCUUUCACUUGAUCUUUGAAACCGCUAUUUCCAACAGAGUAACAUGUAUUCAUGUGUUUUGAAGUAUUCUGUAGUGGCUCUAUUCAAUCUGUAUUGCUGAAGCAUUACAGAUUGCACAAUGUAAAGGUAAUUUCUGAUUGGUUGACAUGCAGCGUUUACUGGGAAUGCAGUCGCUGCUAAAGCUGGAACAAUGUCUUUAUUUUAAUCACGCUUCCUAUAUGCUGUACUUGUCUUUGGUGUCAGUGUGUCUGUAAUCUGUUAAAUUCAGUGUAGGACCACAACUGUUAUGUUGUGGUUAGCCAGUUAUGAAAAAUAUUUUUAGCACUUGUUUGUACAUUAAGCUAAUCAAUUAAACAGCAAUCAUUUUAACAUGAA